GUCGCAGCUACCUUUCCCCCCGCUCCUGUCUCUUUCUCUCUCUUCUCUCUCUCUCUCUCCCUGCUUUUAUUUUUCUCCCCCACAUCAUCUAGCCAAACAUAAAUCGUCCCUUAAAAAAAAAAUAAAAACUGUUACCUUCCAUUUAUUUGAUUUUCUUUUUGCAUUUUAUUUCUUCUCAAUAAUUAACAUCGCUGUUAAUUUUCGUGUUAUUUUCAAAUCUGUCUGAAAAUCAAAAUGAUUUAAAAGGUAAAGUUGAAAAAAAUUUCGCAUCCAAUUCAAACACCCCAACCUACCCGUCGUCUGUACGGAUAUCCGCGGCACGAUCGCCGACUACCGGUUAAGAUUCUCAUCGGAUAAAAAUUUUCCGUCGAAUCCUUGUGGAUCCUCCUCUGCGUCGUUGAUCGAAUCUGUCUUUCUAGUUUGUUCCGGACGGCGUUGGGAUUCGAAAGAAAGGGAGGAGAGAAACCAUGAGUAAUCAGAAGAAGAGGAAUUUCCAGAUCGAGGCGUUCAAGCAUCGGGUAGUGGUGGAUCCGAAAUACGCCGACAAGACUUGGAAGAUUCUGGAGCAUGCAAUCGAUGAGAUUUACAAUCAUAAUGCUAGUGGUCUUAGUUUUGAAGAACUUUAUAGGAAUGCAUACAAUAUGGUUCUGCAUAAAUUUGGGGAGAGGCUGUACACUGGUCUUGUUACAACUAUGACAGCACAUCUCAAAGAAAUAUCAAAUUCUAUUGAGGCUGCACAGGGUGAUAUGUUUCUGGAGGAGCUGAACAGGAAAUGGAAUGAUCACAACAAAGCAUUGCAAAUGAUUCGGGACAUACUGAUGUACAUGGACAGGACAUAUAUUCCAAGUAACCAGAAAACCCCUGUUCAUGAGCUGGGCCUUAACCUGUGGAGGGAUAAUAUUAUACAUUUCAUCAAGAUACAGAUGAGGCUUUUGAACACACUUCUUGAACUAGUUAAAAAAGAACGAACUGGUGAAGUUAUAAACCGGGGACUAAUGAGGAACAUAAUUAAGAUGCUAAUGGAUUUGGGUUCUUCUGUUUACCAGGAAGACUUUGAGAAGCCAUUUCUUGAGGUUUCAGCUGAGUUUUAUAGAGGUGAAUCUCAGAAGUUUAUUGAAUGUUGUGAUUGUGGUGAGUACCUGAAGAAAGCUGAGAGACGUCUAAAUGAAGAAAUUGAAAGAGUUACCCACUACUUGGACGCAAAGAGUGAGGCCAAGAUAACCAAUGUGGUGGAGAAAGAAAUGAUUGCCAACCACAUGUUGAGGCUUGUGCACAUGGAGAACUCAGGGUUGGUAAACAUGCUUCUUGAUGACAAGUACGAAGACUUGGGAAGAAUGUACAAUCUCUUCCGUAGAGUUCCCAAUGGUCUCUCAACAAUAAGAGAUGUGAUGACUUCUCAUUUAAGAGAGACAGGCAAGCAGUUAGUUACAGAUCCUGAAAGGUUGAAAGAUCCUGUUGAAUUUGUACAGCGGCUUUUGGAUGAAAAAGAUAAAGAUGACAGCAUCAUUAGCUUGGCAUUCAACAAUGACAAGACAUUUCAGAAUGCUUUAAAUUCUUCUUUUGAAUAUUUCAUUAAUUUGAAUGCUCGAUCUCCUGAGUUCAUUUCCUUGUUUGUGGAUGAUAAGCUUCGUAAAGGUCUGAAGGAUGUUAGUGAGGAGGAUGUGGAGAUAAUUCUUGACAAAGUUAUGAUGCUGUUCCGCUACUUGCAGGAGAAGGAUGUAUUUGAGAAGUACUAUAAACAACACUUAGCCAAGCGGCUUUUAUCAGGUAAAACUGUAUCUGAUGAUGCAGAGAGAAGCCUGAUAGUUAAGCUUAAGACGGAAUGUGGGUACCAAUUCACUUCAAAAUUAGAAGGCAUGUUUACAGACAUGAGGACAUCUCAGGAUACUAUGCAGGGAUUUUAUGCUAAAUAUCCGGAGCUAGUUGAUGGCCCUACUCUAGUAGUUCAGGUUCUAACCACUGGUUCCUGGCCCACUCAACCAAGUGCUACUUGCAACCUGCCUGCUGAAAUGUCAGCACUCUGUGAGAAGUUCCGCUCAUAUUACCUUGGAACCCAUACUGGUCGGAGAUUGUCCUGGCAAACUAACAUGGGAACAGCAGACAUAAAAGCAACUUUUGGGAAGGGUCAGAAGCAUGAGUUGAAUGUCUCCACUUACCAAAUGUGUGUUCUGAUGCUUUUUAACAAUGCUGAUCGGCUUAGCUACAAGGAGAUAGAGCAAGCCACUGAAAUUCCUGCUUCAGAUUUGAAAAGGUGCUUGCAGUCAAUGGCCUGUGUCAAAGGAAAAAAUGUUCUACGCAAAGAGCCUAUGAGUAAAGACAUUGGUGAGGAUGAUGCAUUUUUUGUCAAUGACAAGUUCACAAGCAAAUUCUAUAAAGUAAAGAUAGGAACUGUGGUUGCGCAAAAGGAAUCAGAACCUGAAAAACAGGAGACCCGACAAAGAGUAGAGGAGGAUAGAAAGCCACAGAUUGAAGCAGCGAUUGUUAGGAUCAUGAAAUCAAGGAGAGUGCUAGAUCACAACAAUAUAAUAACAGAGGUAACAAAGCAGUUGCAGUCACGGUUUUUGGCCAACCCCACUGAGAUUAAGAAACGUAUUGAGUCUCUUAUCGAGCGGGAUUUCUUGGAAAGAGAUGCAAAUGACAGGAAAUUGUAUCGAUAUCUAGCAUAAAGAAAUGACCUCAGCAGAUUGGUUGUUUUUUUAUGGAAGGUUAGUAUUGACAUUUGGAAAUUUGUUUUACAAUUCAUGCAAGCUCCAUUGUUUUCAAUAGAUAUCAUUUCUAUAUGCUUUCCUAUUCUGUUCUCAACUUUAUUUGGUCUAAUUUUUAUUCUCAGUUUCUGGCUCUGCCCCACCCAUAUUUAUUUUCAUGUAACAUCCAAGCUAGUACCCCAACUCUGAUAUAAAUUCAUGAAAGAAGU